UCAGAUUCCCAGGCUCCCAGUUUCCUCCGCGCUGCAGCAACUGCACGACGCCCACCAAACCGAAGCUCCCCCCGCUCGUCGGCUCGUCGCCUUCCCCAGUUCUCCGUUUCCACUCCAGCCUCCCUGCCCCGCUCCCCGCCUCCUCCUCCUCCUCCCCACCCCGCCAGCCUCGCCGCCGCGUCAUACGCCCGCGCCGCCCCGCGCGUCUCGGAGGAAAGGUUUUGGGAAUGGUGGAGGUCGGGGUCGAGCCGCCCGCGGAGGCCGCGGCGGGGCUAUCGCCGGGCAGGUUGAGGCCCUCCGCCAGGCGGUCCUGGCCGCUCGGGUGCGGCCGGUCCCCCUCGCCCUCGCCCUCGCCCCCACCCCCGCCCGCGGCCGCGGGGGGCGAUGGUUUGAAGGGCGCGGUCGAUGCGCGGGUUGUUGGGUGCGGGGUUUUGGGAAUGGUGGAGGUCGGGGUCGAGCCGCCCGCGGAGGCCGCGGCGGGGCUAUCGCCGGGCAGGUUGAGGCCCUCCGCCAGGCGGUCCUGGCCGCUCGGGUGCGGCCGGUCCCCCUCGCCCUCGCCCCCACCCCCGCCCGCGGCCGCGGGGGGCGAUGGUUUGAAGGGCGCGGAUGAUGGCGCCGGCGUCCUCGGCGGCAGAGCGGAUGAGGCGGUUGCCGCCCCCGCCGCCGUUUCGCCUCCGGCUCAGAACGGCUCCCUGCUUCAGCAGCAGGGCUCGGAUAAGGCGGCCGCCCCCGCCGCUACUUCACCUGUCGUGCAGAACGGCGCCCUGCCUCAGCAGCAGGGUCUGGAUAAUGUGGAGGCGGCGCUCGCCCCCGCGCAGAAUGGCGCCCCUCCUCGGCAUGGGCACAAUAAGGUGGAUGAGCCGGUUGCUCCUGCUGCUGUUUCGCCUGUGGCGUGCAACGGCACACUCCAGGGUACCCUACCUGAGUCAGGCCUAGAGAAGGCAGGGGAGGAUGGAGACAAGGUGGGGAAUGGAGAGGCACAAUUGCUGGGUGAUGCUGGCGUGCCACCAUUGGAUGGUCUGGAGGGGAACGGGGUGGUCAAGGUGGUGGCAUCAGCCGUCGCGGUACCGGAUAGUUGUGGCGUUGUUGGUUCUGCGCAGAAUGAUGGUGAGAGGGGUGGUUUGUUGGUGGCAGAGGGAGAGGUGGGGAGGGAGGAGGUUGCAGAUGGAGAUGUCAUGGAGAUGGGAAACAGAGCAGGGGAUGGUGAGUUGGAGAGGAAGCAAAAUGGAGUUGCAGGAAGCAGGAUGAAGAGAUGGUUGACAUCUGCUGUGAAUUCGCCGCCUAAGAAGAGGGUGGUUGCAGACGGGAGGACUGUUACCACCAAAGAAGAGGGCAAUGGAGUUUUGGAGAUCUCACCUGUAUGCACAUCUCCUCCUGGCUGUGGGAGGAAUGCUGUUACCACCACAGACAGUAGAGUUUUGGAGGUCUCACCCAUACGCACAUUUCCUCCUGGCAGUGGGAAGUCUGCUCUUACUACCACAGGCAGUGGAGAUGAGGAGGGGUUGCCGUUAGAAGCCACACCUAUCAUCAACGUUGAUGCCGCAGCAGCAAUUCCGGUUUCAGGAGGGGCUACUUCUCUGACAUCAGCACUAGAUGUUUCUAAUGAGAAAUUGGAAGGCAAGAGAAUGACAAAUGAAGGACAUAGCAAGGCUCACAUUAGGGUCCAGGUUCCAGAUGAUUUUGUAGGUACCGAACAAGAUGGGAACCUGCAGCAAAAUGUUGAUGAAAAAUCUACACCAAGGAAUAGUUCUGAUGAGAAGAUGAAGGGAAAACUCUCACAAAGUGAAGGGAAGCAGUUAGCACGAGUAGUGGUGGGUGAUAAGAUGAAAAAUAAAAUUGAAGGAAGCUUGCAUAGAAGUACUCAUAAGACACCUUUGAGCGAUCCCAUUGAUGCAAAGACAAAAGGAAAGAGGUUGGAGAGUGGCAAGAUGAAUGCGACGUUGCUUGGUAAUGCAGGGGGGAAGAUGCAAAGUAAAACUUUGAGCACUAAAAAAGAAUUGGCAUGCUCAAAUAUGAACGUAAAGCAAAAUAAAUCUGCUCAUAAGCCGAGCAAGUUUGGAAAACAUGUUGCAACCAAUCAAAUGAGAGAAAGUGAUGAUAUGAAACUUGUUCCCGACCAACUAAUUGUACUAGCAUUGAUGGCUCCUGACAAAUGUCCUUGGACACGAGGAAGGAAAUCUAGAGCUAGUGCUUCCAAGCCUCUUGCCCCAAGGAACAAACUUAAUGGAAUGGAUGUCACUCCAAGAAGAUUAUUGAUCAAUGAUGAGACAAUGGAGGACAAUGACGAUUCUAACCCGGAAGAUGAUGGCAACUCCAAGGUGUUGGUUAUGUGUGGAGAAAAGCAAGAAAUAUGUGUCACGGUUCCUCCGUCUGUUCCUUCCGGGUCACACCAAAGGCAACUUGGGGACCAUGAUGUAGAUGCUCAAAGAAAAGUUAGAAAGUUGCUCCAAUUAUUCCAGGUGGCAUGCCGAAAGAUUACACGACUUGUGGAACAAGGUAAUCGCAAUAUCGGAAGGGUUGACACUGAAGCAUUUAAGGCUUUAAAGAGAGACCCUAUCUAUAACAAGCCUGGGGCCAUGGUGGGAAGCAUUCCUGGUGUUAAAGUUGGAGAUGAAUUUCAUUUUAGAGUUGAGUUGUCGAUUGUUGGUCUCCAUCGCCCGCAUCAAGGAGGCAUUGACACUUCUACGGUGAAUGGUGUUCCUGUUGCUAUAAGUAUUGUUGCCUCCGGAGGCUAUCCUGACGAAUUGUCAAGCUCAGAUGAACUAAUAUACACUGGCUCCGGAGGGAAGGCUGGCGGCAAUAAACAAGGAGAUGAUCAAAAGCUUGAGCGUGGUAAUCUUGCCUUGAAGAAUUGCAUUGACACCAAGACCCCAGUUAGAGUGAUUCAUGGAUUCAAAGGUCAAAACAGAAGUGAAAUUGGUCAUUCUAAAGGCAAGAAAACUUCGACAUUUAUUUAUGAUGGGUUGUACGAGGUGAUGGAAUGCUGGCAAGAAGGUCUGAAAGGCGAGAUGGUCUUCAAGUACAAGUUACAUAGGAUUGCUGGGCAACCAGAAUUAGCCCUACAUGCAGUCAAGGCGACAAGGAAGUCCAAAGUUCGUGAAGGUCUUUGUUUGCCUGAUAUAUCCCAAGGAAGCGAGAGGAUGCCCAUAAGUGUCAUCAACACAAUUGAUGACACAAGGCCAGCACCAUUUAAAUACACCACUAAAGUCAUAUAUCCAAGCUGGUAUGAAAAAGAACCUCCCAAGGGUUGUGACUGCACAAACGGCUGCACGGACUCUAUUAAAUGUGCUUGUGCAGUGAAGAAUGGAGGGGAAAUCCCGUUCAAUUCCGAUGGUGCAAUCAUCGAGGCCAGGCCUCUCAUAUACGAGUGUGGCCCAUCGUGCAGGUGCCCGCCAACAUGCCACAAUAGGGUGAGUCAGCAUGGUGUCAAAAUUCCACUAGAAAUAUUCAAGACUGGUAGUACAGGUUGGGGCGUAAGAUCCCUCAGUUCUAUAUCUUCAGGCAGUUUCAUAUGUGAGUAUGUUGGUGAGCUAUUGGAAGACAAAGAAGCUGACAAAACACAGAACGACGAGUAUCUAUUCGAUAUUGGUAGUAACUACCAUGAUGAAGAACUUUGGGUGGGGCUAAAGUCGGUGGUUGGUGUACAAUCUUCUACCUCGUCCUCCAAGACAAUGGAAGGCUUCACAAUAGAUGCAGCGGAGUAUGCCAAUGUUGGAAGAUUCAUCAACCAUAGUUGUUCACCAAAUCUCUAUGCCCAACAUGUUCUCUGGGACCAUGAUGACAUGAGGAUGCCGCAUGUUGUGCUUUUUGCUGUUGAGAAUAUCCCACCACUACAGGAGCUAACCUACCACUAUAAUUAUACGGUAGGUCAAGUCCUUGACGAGAAUGGCAAGGAGAAGGUGAAGCAUUGCUACUGUGGUGCCUCUGAUUGCUGUGGCAGGCUCUACUGAGACAUUGCUGACUGCUGUUAGCUUUCUAUGUGGUGAACAAUUCUGCUAUGCCAUCGCUGGACCCUUUAUUCAUCAGUUCAUCAUGUACUCGUUGGCAUCUUGAUGUUUACAAGUUACUAUCUGAUAGAUAAAAAUGUGACUGAAUUUUGUAGAGAUUGAGCUUGAGUUUGCUCUCGCUCUCAUCUUGUAGAAAACAUUCCUGUCCUUUGUACUGGGUUUUAAACAUUUAGUGAAGUUUGCGUGGAAUGAAGCAUGUUGUUGCCUGAAAUACUCAACAUGACUGCAAGGUAGAAUUGUGUAAUGAUGGGUGAUGUCAGCAUGCUGUAGUGUUAUCUUUUUAUAAAACUGAUUGGUGGUAUUGCAAGUCUUCUCA